CACCUCUCCGCUCCCGUCCCGUCGUUACCUUCGUUUCGCAUCUACGGAGCCGCAAACAAACUCGUGACAGCGCCUCAGUAUUGCUGGCGGGAAGAACACCCAGGCAUUCUUUAUCUCCCUCAUUUGCCAUGGGUCUUGCUGGAACUCCUGCCGACGAAUGUGAACCGUCGAUCCCACCGUCAGUCCGUCACACAUCACCGUUGAAAUAUUCUCCACUCGCUGUCCUCGUCGACUCGCCAGCAACAGCAAGCGCGGGUUACCGAGAUCACGAAGUAUGCGCUGCGAGGUACUUCUGGCGCGAGCGGCCUCUUCCACUGCCACGCGUCGCGACCGACCCAAUGCGGCGCGCAACCGAUCCAAUAACUUCAGCGGCUUUCACGGCGAAUUUCACGGAAACUAGAGACUCUCCAGCUCAGAGCCGGGCGGAUCAGCCGGGGGAAGGAUCAGCGGGUACGGGGGAAGCUACAGAGGGAGACGGGGGAGCUUGCGGGGGGUUGGCGGAGAGUGGCCCUGUUGCGGAGAGAGGAGAGGAUAAAGAGACAGAGAUGGGGAGGGAAUCGAGGGGAAAGAGGGGUGUUUUAGGGGGAGAGGAGGGGGGGUUGAUUGAGGAAAAGGAAGAGGACUUGGAGAGGAGGAGGAGGGUGAGAGAGAAGAAGCGACGGCGGGGCAAUGAGAAGAAGGAGAAAGCGAGGCACGAUCGUGUGUUGGGGGAGACCGAGGCUGCAGCUGAGGCUCGGCAUCAGGCCAUUGAAGGGCUCCUCUCAGCUGCCUUCUCCGCCCUCUGUACGCGUUUGGAGCAGCCUCAACAUGCAUCCGUCCGUUCACAGCUGAUCCCCCCUGAGUGGGAUCAAGUGCCCGCCCUGCAGCAUGCACUGCCGUGUGGCCAAUAUGACCAGUGCAGGGUGGAGAAGGGGGGGGGAGAAGGGACAGGGGAGGGGGGAGGUGGAGGUGGUAAGGGAGUGCCUGGGCGGCGGGAGGUCAAGUGUGAGAGCCAUAGGUGUGACAGUAGCGAGUGUGAUAAUGACGGGCGUGGGGAUGCAGGCUGUGGUGUGCGGCCAAGGAAUGGUGAUGUGGAGGGAAACGCGUCUUUGCAGCACUGCGUAACUAUCCCCUCUGCUGCCAAUGGACCACCAGCAGCACAGCCAGCAUCCGUCUCACCAGCAGCACAAGCAGCAGAAGCAGUAGCAGUGACAACAGCAGCAGCAGCACCAGCAGCAGCAACAGCAGCACCAGCAACACCAGUAGCCGUAGAUCUGGUUGCUCUCGGGAAUUGUUGGCAAUCCAAGCUGUGCGAAGUCUCUCUUUCUUUCCCUCUCACCACUGAACCUCCCCACCCUCCACCUCACUCCCUCUCCUCCCUUUCCACUUCCCCCAACACCCUCUCCUCCCACACCUCAUCCGCCCCUCUGUUCCGUUACUUGGUAGCCAAUCCAUCUGCCGCUCAUGACGCUCUAGCAUGCGUGCACCUGGGCAUGCAUGCGGAUGCUCGUGGGAGUGACGCUCAGUUCGUCCUGCCCCCACGGUCCCGGUUCCUCAUUUCUAGUGCUUCUGAGUUGCCGCAUCUCCUGCCGUCCCUGCUGCUGCCACCCCCACCCCCAUCACCCUCAUUGUCAUCCCCACCACCACCACCGUCACCCACACCCUCACCCUCACCACCAACCCCACCGCAAUCCCACAGCCCACACCAACCACAGCUGCCGCACCCACCCUACCGAAACCCUCAACCUGAACCAACCUCCCAAAAGCACCACCACGAGCAACACCAGCAACGGUACCACCACCAAGGGCAGCACCACCAAGCGUACCGCCACGGGCAACAGCACCAAGGGUACCACCUGAUCCUCAUCGACCCCCCUUGGGAGAACAAGAGCGUGGCCCGCACCAGGUCUUACUCCACCCUCCCCAACCGUCACCUGCUCUCCCUCCCCGUGCCCCGCCUUGCUUCGAGCCAACAUGGGGCGGUGGUCGCGCUGUGGGUGACCAACAGGGAGAGGCUGAGAAGGUUCGUGGAAAGAGAGCUGCUGCCGGCGUGGGGGGCGAGACACGUGGCGACGUGGUAUUGGAUGAAGCUCUCCUCUCUCUCCCCUCCGUCCCUCCUCUCCCCCCUCGCCUGCUCCCACCACCGCCCCUACGAAGUGCUGCUACUCGCCCUCAUCCCCCCAAACCCCAAGGUGACUUUGGAGCCAACUCAAAAGUCCCUCGCGUGCUCCCACCACUGGCCCUAUGAAGUGCGGCAACUCGCCCCCAUCCCCCCACACCCCGAGAGCAGUGGUUGCCAGUCGCUCAAGAAAGGACUUGAACGUAAAGCACCUCAAGAUGGAAGGGGGAUGUUGUGGUUCGUCCCGCAUGUGGAUGCGUGCAGGGAUAGACGGGAAGGGCGGAAAGAAGGUGGUGGAGUGGGGAGGAGCGUAGGGGGGGAAGAAGGGAAGAGCGGAGGGGGAGGAGUUUGUCAAGAGAGGGGAGGUGCAGGGAAGGAAUGGCAGGGAGGAGUUGAAGCUGGGGUGAUGAGUGGCUGUGCAGGCGUGGGUGCGGGUGUGGGUGGGGGUGUGGGUGCGGGUGUGGGUGGGGGUGUGGGUGCGGGUGUGGGUGCGGGUGUGGGUGCGGGUGUGGGUGCGGAUAUGGGUGCGGAUAUGGGUAUGGGCAUGGGCAUGGGUGCAAGUGUGAAUGAGCCUGACACUACCAUGGAGUUGAAAGUGCGCCAGGCUCUAUUGGAUAAGCUCGUUCUGUUCAGCGUGCCAGGAGAGCAUUCCAGGAAGGUUCCUCUGAGAGGGCUGCUUGCUGCCGUCACUGCGUCCCUUUUCCAUCUCUCCUCGCCACACCAGAUCAUGCUCCCUCGAGCGCCAGGAGGGGUGGGACGAGAGGGUGUGAAGCCGGCAGAAGGAGCGGCAGGAAUGGAGCUGUUCGCUAGGGACCUAGAGUCUGGAUGGACGUCAUGGGGCAAUGAGCCUCUCAGGUUCCAGCACCAGCAGUACUUCCAUGCGCGCGCUUGAGGGUGGGUGCGUUGGGAAAGGAUGGGUGAAGGAUGGACGUUUUGGGGCAAUGAGCCCAUCAGGUUCCAGCACCAGGAGUACUUCCAUGAGCACGCUUGAGACCUCCGUGUCUGCAGUGGUUUAGGUAUGUUUGUACAUGCAUUGAGGGAGUGUAGUGUAAACGCAGCGUGCAUGUAAGGAACAUCCCUUAUCCUUAUCGAGCCUCGCUAACAUCGAGUACAGCCCUGACUUUCGGAAGUCCAGGCUCGGCCCGAAAUUUCAGGUUCAAACUCUGAGUUGGAAAGUUGACUAGAAUGAGAGAUACAAGGUGCUUUUGUGCAAAGGAGUUGUAC